AUGGAGGACCCGCUAGAGGAUGAAGAGACUGGACUGGGUCAUGUCAGGCAUCAGACGAUCGAUCAGCCCAAGACUUAUCUCGUCGGCGUUUGCAUGCUGCUCUGCGUCAUCUGCCUCUGGGUGCUCAGCAACUUCAUCAUGUCAUGGCAGUUCCUCAGCCAGUCGUACGACAAGCCAUUUGCGAUCACAUGGAUCUGCACGUCUACGUUCAGCCUGUAUCUCGUUCCGGAAGCGAUACGCUGCUGUCACCGACGGCGCAAUAGCGAGCUGUCGCCAUCAGAUCUACACAGCUCACCCGUCCUAGAGCGGCGGAGAGGCAGCAGUUCCAGCGAGGCAAGGCGGCGUACCAAGUUGCUUCCUGAUGGCACACAGUAUGCUCAAGUAGAUCAGCAACCGCGGCCUGAUAGAGCUGCACGAUCGGUCAGCCUGACGAGGAGCGACAAGACCGUCGAGGAAGCCCACAAUGACAAGUUGUCUGUCAGAGAGACAGCUCAGCUCGCUGCGUUUUUCUGCGUAGUCUGGCUGGCGGCCAAUUGGGCAUCCAACAGCGCUCUCGCUUUCACCUCGGUCUCCUCUGCCGCCAUCCUCAGCUCCACGUCGGGCUUCUUCACACUUGCUCUCGCGGCCUGGAUUGGCCUGGAGCGAUUCAAUCUCGGCAGGCUUGCGGCGGUGACUGUCAGCGUGAUCGGCGUCAUGCUUGUCACAAAGGGUGAUAAGGAUCUCACGACCGACACGCUCGGCGCUACACCGGAGCCGAAGCAUCCACUUAUCGGCGACGGCAUGAUACUCGUCAGCGCCAUGCUCUAUGCCGUCUACACGAUCCUGCUCAAGGCCAGAAUAAAGGAUGAAUCCCGGAUCAAUAUGAUGCUCUUCUUCGGCUUCGUGGGCGCAUUCAACGUCGUCUGCUUGUGGCCCAUCGGUGUCUUGCUCCACUUCUCCGGCUUGGAGACAUUCGCGCUCCCCUCUGGCGGCAAGCUCAUUGCGUCUAUCGUCGUCAAUGCGGCCAUCACAUUUGUCUCUGACUUGCUUUUCAUGCGAGCCAUGCUCAAGACGUCGCCUCUCGUUGCCACUCUGGGCCUGUCACUGACGAUCCCGUUCAGUCUGCUGGGGGACGCCUAUCUCGACAAUCGAACUGGCGGCAAACUCGCUCUCUUUGGCGCAGCACUCGUGCUCACGAGCUUUGGGCUGCUCGCAAGAGCAGACUCACAACAGCAGCAGCAGCAACAUCUUGCUGAAGAACAAGAUACCUAG